AUGAACUUCCGCGCGCUCUUCCUAUCUACUGUCGCUGUCGGAAUCGCCACCGCGGACGCUGCUUCCAUCGCAUACGACAAAGUUGCGCCGAUAGCUCAACCCGAGGCUGUCACGAUCUCCGAGAAGGCUGGCGUCAAGUUUAAGCCCCAACUCUUCGUGGACGGAGGCUGCACUUCGUUCCCCGCCGUGAACGCUGCCGGUGAGACGAGUAACGGAGGGAAUUAUGGCUGCGUUAAGGCUCCUCUAGGCUCGCAGGUCUACGGACGGGCCACCUGGUACAAGGACGUCUGGGCCAUCAUGUACGCGUGGUACUAUCCGAAAAGCUUCUUUGCGAGUAUUGGUACGGGGACCCACGACUGGCAGAAUGCGGUAGUGUGGAUCGACAACCCGGCGGUAGCUUCCCCCAAGAUCCUCGCUCUGUCGACGUCGAAGAAGUCCGAGACCGAUUACAUGAAGCCGACCAUUACGACCGAGACGUUCAAUUCAGCCUCCAACUAUGAUAAAGCUAAGGCUCCGAUCCAGAACGUCAACGGCACCAGCGUCAAGCUGGUGAGCACGAGCAUUCUCGGGCCGAUGUUCUUGAGAUCAACACCGGAAGCAGGUGAGUUUCAAGACCUUAUCAUGUGGAACCAACUCCCCGAAGAAGCACGAGCGGCUCUCUCUGGGAAAGAUAUCGGCGACGUGCCAUUCAGCGACGCUAAUUUCCAGAAGAAGCUCGGAGAAGCCUGGCCGUUUUAA